AGUUUUGUGAACUGUGAAGCCCAAUUGUGAAGUCUUCGAUUGGAGUCUGCCAAUUUGGGCAUUUUCAUUCCAAGAGUCUAGGCGUGAGAAGAAGUCAAGAAUCGACGACCUAACCCUAAUCGUUCCAUUCUCAUUUCUCUGCUGUUCUUGUUCAUACUUCAAUGAAAGCAAUUGUCGGUAACUGAGUAAAGUACCAGACGCACAGCAGGUUGGCGCUUCCGCCCGCAGUUCUCGUUUCUCUCUACAUCUCUGUUCGAUAAGCUCUCGUUGCUCUCUCGCCCAAUUUAUUUACAGGAUUAACAUUUAAGAAGAAUAUCAAUCACACCAACUGCAAUCAGCUUCACAUUAAUCAAAUAUUGCUGUUGAAAAGACCAAUUGCAGGUCCGCAGGUCUGCUUCUCCGUCUGAUGAUGUUCGCUUCUCGUCCAGAAGGUACUGUUCACAUCUUUUAGUUUUCUUUGUUCUGAAAAAAUCGACUGUCAAUCUAUCAAAUGGAAUUGCACUUUCUAAUUGCUGGGAUUAUUUUGGAAUAAAGUUAUUGAUUGUGGAUCAUAUGUUCUGAUUGUUGGGUCUUUUUGUAAUUUGUUAGACUAAAAAGUUUACUUGAAUAUUUCAAAGAAUUGUCAUCUCUAGUUGUAAAUUACUCCAUCUAUUCUUUAUAGAUAAGAACUAUGUGAUUCUUCAUUGAUUACUAACUUUUUGAGCUAAGAGGGUGAUGAGUUCUUUUCAUUUGGGGUUUAUGUAGCGAGUUUUGAUGGCAUGUUCCUGGAUUAUUCACGGCAAUGUGCCACCCUUGAUACAAUGUCUAAGCUCUUUAAACUUGUUGAGGGCAGGUUGCCUUUCUUUUCUCUUGAUUGAGGAUAUUAUAGUAAUGUGAGCAUUGUAUAAAAUACAAAUCAAGGAAAUUAUGAGCUUGAGCCUCCAAAGAAAAAAAAAAUGAGAAAAUGACAAAAAUAGCCAAUUACACUAAUUGCAUUACAAAAAUAGCCAAAAAAAAUCAAGAUUACAAAAAUAGCCACCCAUUUCGCAGAUGAGAAGGUCUCAUCUGCGAAAUGGGCUUCUCAUCUGCGAAAGUACAACUACCUAAAGCACAGUUGUGCUUUAGGUACUUGUACUUUCGCAGAUGAGAAUUUUUUUUUUUUUUUUUUAAAUUUUUUCUGUAUAAAUAGGGGUAAUUUCGCAGAUGGAAUAGGUCCAUCUGCGAAAUCCUCUGAGCCUAUCUGCGAAAUGAUGCAAUUAUUUUUAUUUUUAUUUUUAUUUUUUUAUUUUUUUUUUUAAGUUUGACUAUGAAAUGAAUUGGUUUGACUACGAAAUGGGCUUUGCUAUAUAAAAACUUUUGUAGAAAAAAUAUCAUUUUGGUUGUUAUUUGUUUGUGAAAUACUCUCUACAAUUUGCUCAAAAAAUGAUUGAAUAUUUGGUUUGUCUUGUAACCGGUGGGAGAUGGCAAGUUAAUGGAACUAAUCUGGAAUACAUAUGUCCACAGGGAGGUAUUUCUGAACUUGCUUUGAUAUUUUCUGAGUAUAUUAGUUAUAGUGAUUUUGUAUCUUUGGUAAGAAGCAAAAUUGGUUUGUUAGACAAAUAUAGAAUUAAUCUUCGUUUCCACCAUCCUGAAUUAAAUUAUUAUAUAGCUAUAGUUGAAGACGUGGAUGUUAGAAUGUUGAUAAACGUAAUCAAAUGUAGUGGAGGAAGGGCUGUGAAAGUGUUUGUGGUGGUUGAUGAAGUUGAGGAGGUUAAUGGGGGCGGUGAAAUUGGAAACCAAGUUGUUGGUAAUUUAUGCAGUUUUAAAGGGAGCAACGAUCCGAUAGGUACUUUCAAUACUCCUAGUGUACCUCAGUUUCACAGUGUUGCUGAAAAUGUUAAUGUUAGUUAUUCACCUAUUCACUAUGUGGAUCCCGAGAAUUACAAGUCUGUUGGUGAUGAUGAUGUUGAUACAUAUAUUAAUCAUGUGGGUGGUCGUUGUGAUGAUGUUGCCGAACAAGAAGUUAAACUUAUGAAUAGGCGUGUGGUAGAUAAAACUAAAAAGAAAAAAAAUUUAACUCAAAAAAAUGAAAAAAAUCAUGUUUACGGGCAUUAUGUUGAUGUUGGUGAUGUAUGUUUAGAUAUAACCGAGCUACAAAGUAAUUCCGAUAGAGAUGAGUUGGGUGGUGAAGUUAAAGCUAAGUAUCCCGAUAACCUUUUUCACGGUAUGCCCCCUGUACCAGCAUGGCCAGUUGAUAAUAAUAAAGAUAUCCCAACACAGAUGGUAGACAUUAAUCUUCAAAAGAUUCAAUGUGAGAGUAUAUUUAAAAACAAAGAACUUUUAAAGCGGUGUAUUGGUAAAAAAAUGUCUUCGAGAAGGUUUCCAGACGAGGACAAGUAGAUCCACCAAAUCAAGAUAUGAAGCUCUGUGUGUUUCGAAAAAUUGUUCUUGGUUACUAAGAGCAAAAGCAAUUAAAAAUACUGAUGGACUUUUCCAAGUGAAUAAAUUUGUUGAUGUACACACAUGUUCUUCAACAUUGUUGCAACCUAAUCAUCGACAAGCAAACAAAUAUGUUUCGGGUGAAUAUGUUGCUGAUGUUUUGGCUGAAGACUAUAGUAAAGUUUAUCGGGGAAAAGAAAUUGUUAAUGAUAUGAAUGCUCAAUUGAAUAUCAAUAUCUCAUACCAUCAGGCAUGGCGUGCGAAGCAAUAUGCAUUGUUGUCGUUAAGGGGUAAGAAAGAGGAUUCUUUUACCAAACUUCCGGCGUAUUGUCACAACUUGGCCAAACAUAAUCCGGGUACUGUCACACAUAUUAAAACAGAUGUUGAUGAUCGGUUUGAGUUUUUGUACGUCGCACUCGGUUGCUCGGUACGAGCUUUUGUCAAUUUUUGUAAGCCGACCCUAGUAGUAGAUGGAGCUCACCUAAAGGGCGAGUUCAAAGGUACCAUGCUACUUGCAGUUACUAAGGACGGACAAAAUCAAAUAUUACCGGUUGCAUAUGGUAUAUGCAAAAAUGAGUGUACUGAUUCUUGGACAUGGUUUUUUCAAAAACUACGUGAUUGCAUAGGAAAUAUGCAGGAGCUUACAAUUAUAUCUGAUAGGUCUCCAUCUAUAGCAACAUCCGUUGCCAACAUUUUUCCUCACGCUCAUCAUGGAAUAUGUGGUGUCCAUUUGUAUUUCAACAUAGUAUCUAGAUUCGGCAAGAGUAAGACGGUUAAAGGAAUUUUUUGGGAGGCGUGUAGGGCGUACACAGUUGAUGCUUUUGAUGUUGCCAUGGAUGUUAUGAAAAAGACAAAAGAACCAAUAUGGGAGUACUUAAAAAGUAUAACUCCAGAAACCUGGUCAAGGGCACAUUUUAAAGGGAACCGAUACAAUCUUAUGUCGUCCAACAGUGCGGAGUCUAUAAAUGCAUUAUCUAGACACGCACGUAAGGUGCCAAUACUUAUGUUGAUUGAUUUUUUUCGUGCUACAAUGCAACAAUGGUGGUUUCAAAGACGUAACUUUGCAGCGGAAGCAACAACAACACUUACCCCUUGGGCGGAUGAAGUUAUAAAAGAAAACAAGAAAACUUUUACCAAAUGGGUUGUUCGCAUGAUCUCAAAUACGAAAUGCGAGGUCAAAAAGGGGGCACAAAAUGUGAUUGUUGAUUUUCAACAUAUGACAUGUACAUGUAGGCAUUGGCAACUUGAUGGGAUACCUUGUGGUCAUGUCAUAAGAUGUUUAACAGUGAACAAUUACCAAGACUGCUCGAGGUUUGCAUUAAAUGCUUACCUUACCGAAACACUGAGGAAAACAUAUGAGGAAUCAAUAAACCCUCUGCCGAAGCCAUCCGAAUGGGAGAUCCCCGAUGAUUUGAUGAUUGUUAAGCCACCUAUAAUGGAUAAACGUCAGCCAGGCAGGCCAAGAAACACAGACCGCAUUCCAUCCCAAGGCGAGGGUCCAAUUAUAAAAGAGUGUUCUACAUGUGGUCAACUAGGACACACGAGAAAUAAUUGUACUGGAAGGGCGUCUGGUAGCAGAGCAGGUCACAUAAUUUCUACUGCAGAAAUGACAUAUAAUAUUGGUGGUUCAGCGGGUUGCUCACAAACCCAUAACGCUGAUUUUGAUAUAAAACAACCUUGAAAUUAAGAGUAAUGACGAGUUGUUAGCUUAUUAUGUAUUGUAAUAUUUUUAUUAACUCUUACAAGACAUUGCUAUGCUUUCAUAUUUUAGUUAAGUUUGUUGAUUAUAACAAUGAAUGAAG